UAAGAGCCGGUGUGCGCCUGCGCGCUCAGCCCCACUCCUUCGACCUCUGCCGCCGCCGCCGCCGCCUGUGCCGGGGAAGAGAGGAUCCCAGUCGCCUGUCACCCACAUCCUCCUGCCGCGCCGCCCCGAAGACUGUAAGAUGUUCGCCUGCGCCAAGCUCGCCUGCACCCCUGCUCUGAUCCGAAUUGGAUCCAGAGUUGCAUACAGACCAAUUUCUGCAUCCGUGUUGUCCCGGCCAGAGGCCAGGACUGGAGAGGGCUCUACAGUGUUUAAUGGGGCCCAGAAUGGUGUGUCUCAACUAAUCCGAAGGGAGUUUCAGACCAGUGCAAUCAGCAGAGACAUUGAUACUGCUGCCAAAUUUAUUGGUGCAGGGGCCGCAACAGUAGGAGUGGCUGGUUCUGGUGCUGGUAUUGGAACAGUUUUUGGCAGCCUCAUCAUUGGUUAUGCCAGAUCAUCAUAAUGAAGAACAUGCAUUCAGGCUGCAGCUGUCCAAUGCAGAAGAAGCUGCAGCAGCUGCCCCCAGUGACGAGAAAGGCCCCACUGUCAUUUCUAUGGAAAUUCUUUUUUUGUAGAGUAUUCUUCACAUUGUAAUUAACAGGGCUUUUGUUGAUUUAUGUAAAGGAAAAAUAACUGAAGCUUAUGUUAAAUAUGAUUAAUUAAACCAAGCUUCCUAAAUUGCUCAAGAUUUUUUGUUUUUAAGGGCCAAAAUGAGUUAAAAUAUUUGAAAGCAGAACCACCUUCCAGGAUUAACUUGGCUGCCCUUAAAUAGCUAGAUCUAGAAAUAAUGCCUGUUGGCUUUUUAGGACCCACCCUCACCUGCCCCCGAGUCUAAAGCUAUAGGUCCGAGGGGAAUGUUGCUCAGUAAAUCUCAUGUUAACAGCUGUGAAUAUAUGAUGCCUCGUCAAGGAAAGGAUUCAAUUUAGUUAGCAGCUAGUUUCAUAUUGGAACAGAAUUCUUAUUUUAAAAAUGAUUAUCAAAGAAUAAGCUGGAUUGAGAGCUUUUUUUAAAAAACCAACAGAUGCCAAAGCAAUAUUUAACCAUUAAUGUUGACAUUUUUAUGGUAGGAGUCCUCAGAAUGGUACUUUUGUGGAGUUUUACUUCUAACAUGACAUGUCUCUUCUUGGUCACACUUCUAGUAAAAUGGAAAAAAAUGUUUCCUAUACAAAAACUGAAUUUUUCUCCUGGCAAAUAUAUUCUAUCAUAUUAUAUGUCCAUUUUAAGUUUAAGGGUUUAUUUGAAGAUUAAGAAGACAGGGAAGUUGCAAUUUAUUCCUUUAAUGUCCUCUGCCUAAUUUGAUUUCAGCUGUGAGAGAGCUGUUCAGAAUUUCUCAAGUGGGAAGACCAUGUCCAUCAGAUUCAACCAGGAUGCUUGUUUAAAAAUACAAUUGCUCAGCAUCCAGAACUACUGAAUUAUAUCUUUGGCACUGAAUUUAGAAAUCUGCAUUUUUUAAAAGGCUUCCCAGGUAAUUUGUAUGCUUACAUAAGAAAAUGACUAACUUAUACAAAAACUUGCUACAUUUUAUGAAAUGAAAUGAGACUCCCAAAAGCUAGAGUUAGAGCCACUAUGAGGUUUUAUUUGCAUUAUUAUGUAAAUUCCUGGAACCUAGACUUUUCUUAAGCAGCACUGUUACAUGACCAGUAAUAUCAGGCCUGCUUAUAUGCCAAAAGAGUUGGCAGUUGCUCAAGCAAAACCUGGUUCUCAAAUGUUCACAGGUUCACUAGCCACAACAACCAAAAAGUGAAAAUAGCCUAAUGUUCAUCAAUUAAUGAAUGGAUAAACACCACAUGGUAUGUCCUUAUGAUGGAAUAUUAUUCAGCCAUAAAAAGGAAUGAGAUGAUUGACAUGUUAAAUGUUGGUGUUGGAGUGAAUCCUGCAUGAAAGCAGCCAGAUAUAAAUGGCCAUGUAUUUUAUGUUCCAAUUUAUAUGGAUUAUU